GAUCUCUCGUUUCCCGUUCUGCAAAAGAUGCUUGCCCUAAAAGUGUCGUACGCAGAGCUUAUGGAAACCGAGAUCUGCGCGAGCGCCUCGACCAGCCUCGCCGGAAGGGACUUGACCUUUGACGUCCCUUGCGGUGCGGACCCCAACGUCCCACUGUUCCUGGAGGAAGGACAGGCCGGAUUUCUCAAUGCCAUAGAGCAGCGAGCAGCCUCCUCUCGAUCGGCCGCCGAAUUUCAACCGCUCUUUACUCCAUCUCAGUGGCCUCUCUCUCCCGCUGUUUCUCCGCCCCUCAGCCUUCCUCACUUGCCCCCUCCAUUUCCGCCCAUGACCCCGACGAGCCCAAUGCCUGAUGUUGCCUUUGCAUCCUGUCCCAGAGCACAGAUCGCGCUCGACAGCAUGGGACCUCCAGCCAUCCGCAUCCCCGCACUUCCUCCUAUGCCCUCCCCCGCGCCCCCUGGCUGCGCUACGCCUGACCCUUCUACGACGGAUCGUUCUGCUGCUGCAGCAUUCACCCUAGACGAAACCACGUCCCGGCAGAAAAUCCGUCCCGCUACGCAGCACGAGCAAGCGUACUCUGGCCUUGCCCUCGUCGCGAAGGACAAGAGCACGCCCAGCGCCCUAGGUUAUGUGAAGUCAGGCGCCAAGCCUUUGUCUGACAAAAGUGCCAAAAAUGGAGAGGAGGGCGCCCAUGGGAGUAUCAAAAGUGAGGGGUGUUUCCUACCUCCGGAUAAGCCUAAGGUGACAAAGGCCACCCUCAGCCGACGUUCGUCUGCGAAGCUGUUGCGCCCAUCGACUGGAAGCCCGUUAAGCGCCACUCUCCUGACGAGCGAGCCCGCGCGUCGCAGCCUGCGCCUCAACCCGCCCCGCAUAUAGACCUCAACUCUUAUACCGCCACCCGCAUCGUGCCCUGUGCAGUCGUAAACCUGUCAUCAACACAUCCUUGUAGCCCAACGUAAG